AUGUAUAUUGGAGGACAGGAGCACUUCUACAUGGAAACAAACUGUUGUAUUGCGGUACCCAAGGGUGAGGAUGGAGAGAUGGAGCUCUUUGCCUCUACCCAGAAUACCACUGAGACACAGGCAUUUGCUGCCCAUGCUCUUGGGGUGCCAUCAAAUAGAAUUGUGGUCCGUGUGAAAAGGAUGGGAGGAGGAUUCGGCGGAAAAGAGUCUAGAAGUGCUGUACUCUCCACAGUAGUAGCAUUGGCUGCCCACAAAACUGGUCGACCAGUCCGGUGCAUGCUGGAUAGAGAUGAGGACAUGCUUAUCACCGGUGGGAGACAUCCGUAUCUGGGACGCUACAAGGUUGGAUUCAAGAAAAGUGGACAAGUAACUGCCCUAGAAAUUUUCUACUAUGCAAAUGCUGGAAACUCUGUGGAUUUAUCCCAUGCAAUUCUUGAUAGAAGUUUACUCCACAUGGACAAUGCUUACAAAAUCCCAAACAUCAGAGGAACUGGAUAUCUGUGCAAAACCAACUUACCUUCAAACACUGCAUUCCGAGGCUUUGGUGGUCCUCAGGGGAUGAUGGUGGCAGAGGCAUGGAUGAGCGAUAUCGCCCAAGUGUGCAAAUUGCCACCAGAACAUGUCAGGAAACUGAACAUGUACAAGGAGGGGGAUCUAACCCAUUUCAAUCAGAAGCUAGAGGGAUUCAAUGUUCAACAAUGUUGGGAGGAGUGUCUGAGAAACAGCUUGUACCAGGAGAGGAAAGUGGCCAUUGAGAAGUUUAACAGACAACACCGAUGGAAGAAGAGGGGUAUCGCUAUCAUCCCAACCAAGUUUGGCAUCAGUUUCACCCUUACCUUGCUCAACCAGGCUGGAGCUCUGGUACAUGUGUACAUAGAUGGGUCGGUUCUGUUAACCCAUGGUGGGACAGAGAUGGGUCAGGGGCUGCACACCAAGAUGGUUCAGGUGGCCAGCAGAACUCUGGGAAUAGCAACAUCUAAAAUACACAUCAGUGAGACCAGCACAAACACAGUGCCCAACACGUCGCCAACUGCUGCCUCCGCCAGCUCGGACCUCAAUGGCCUCAUGGAUGAGAAUGCUUGUCAGACAUUACUGCAGAGACUGGAACCCUACAAGAAAUCUAACCCCAAUGGCCCAUGGGAAAGCUGGAUAAAAGCAGCUUAUGAGGACCGGGUGAGCCUCUCUGCCACAGGAUUCUACAAGACUGAAGGAAUCGGGUAUGAUCCCAUAAAGAAUGAGGGCAACCCCAGCAACUACUUUAGCUAUGGAGUAGCAUGUUCUGAAGUUGAGAUUGACUGUUUAACUGGUGACCACAAGAACCUGCGCACAGAUAUAGUAAUGGAUGUUGGCACCAGUCUUAACCCUGCAAUAGAUGUAGGACAGGUUGAAGGAGCUUUUGUACAAGGCCUUGGCCUGUUCACCUUGGAAGAGCUGAAGUAUUCUCCGACGGCAACCUAUAUACACGAGGCCCCGGGAUGUACAAAAUUCCAGCUUUUGGUGACAUCCCUGCAGAAUUCAAUGUAUCCCUUCUGCGUAACUGUCCAAACAACAAAGCUAUCUACUCAUCCAAGGCUGUUGGGGAGCCUCCUCUUUUCUUGUCAGCCUCCACAUUCUACGCCAUUAAGGAUGCCAUCACAUCAGCCAGAACAGAAUCUGGCAUUACUGGGCCAUUUAGACUGGACAGUCCAGCCACUCCGGAGAGAAUACGAAAUGCCUGUGUGGAUCAAUUCACGAAACUGGUACGGGAAUAUUUACAGCUAUAUACAGUCCAGUAAAUGGGAAUAUGUCAACCUGGUAGUAGAUUCCUUCACUGCCUGA